GCGUGUUUAUUGUUUUUGUUUGUUACAGCAUGUCAAGAUGAUGUCAUUGAUUGUGCUGCGAUAUUGUGCUGUGAUCGUAUGACUGUCUGCAUUAUGUGCUAGCGUUAAUCUAUUGAGUGCAUGUGUACAUAUUCAUGUACACGUAUUCUGUGUACAGAUACAGGUAUUGUAAAGUGUCCAAAGCUGCGUUGUGAGGGAGUGGGCGCUAAAGAUAUAGUUCCAAUACUAUUAUAAUUGUUAUUAUUAAAGGAGUGUCUUUGAUGUAUUAUCGGAAGUAUACUCGAAGCUUUUCUUACGCCUAUCCCAUAAAGGACUGAGGCUUCCUUAAGUGACAGUCAGUGAGUGAUUAUGUGUGUGUAUUCUAGGGUUCAACACUUGUGCUGUAGCCACAAGGAAGUGAAAACUUUGGAAUUGUUGUGGUGCUGAAUUGAGAGGAACGUCGAUUGAGAGGCUGUCCGAGACAGACGCCAGCCAGCCUGGAGCCAACAACAUGACGUAGAAAGGGGUUAGACUGCGUCCAGACACAGGCGACUGUAGGAGCGGAGCGAGACGAAUCCAUCCUAUCCCAGGAGUGUGUGUGGUGCCAUCGGGGGCAAGCAGCGGAGAGAGACACUGAGAGAGAGCGAGAGAGAGAGAGAGAGAGAGCGAGAGAGGGAGAGAGAGGGAGAGAGAGGGAGAGAGAGGGAGAGAGAGAGGGUAGAGAAAGAGAGAGACUCCCUCCAGCCGGCAGAUGACCCUCCAUUAGCGCUCGAUUCAUGACGCCGUUGAAGUAGAGCGCCCCUGUAGCUAUCAUCCUGGCUUUAGACGCCCCAAGACGGUAAAAGGUAUUUCAGGAAACUUGGAUAUUGACGCAACCUUUGUCGAGGACAGAAAACAGACGCAAAACUAGACGCAAAAAUACAUUAAGAUGUAGCAAAAGUCUGGACAGAAAAAGAUUGCACUGCAUCCCGUGAUUGCCUUGUACAACUGUCUUUCCACUUUUGGCUCAGCAUUUUGUGAGCUCAUCCUGGCAAUGUGACGUGUAGAGAAAGGCAGUCGAGACACAGAUACAUGCCCAACCCAGACGUUGCUUCAACAUAAGUUCAUUUGCCCUGAACCUACCGUGUCUUUAAACUUCCCAUUGAGGAAAAACAAAACAACAGCAACAGCAAGCACAACAACAACAACAACAAAAACAACAAGAACAGUUGCAAUAACAACAGCAAGUACAACAACUUGAGGGAGGUUUCUUGACUUUUCUGACUGUAUCCCUCACUCUUGGAUCUCCAUACAAUUAGUCGGAGAACCUUAUCAAAUCAUUCCGUGUGAACUCGUGUGGCUGAAUACUAAUAAGAUGACAACCAACUCCAAUUUCAAGCUACAGAUCUCCCUGAGGCGAGCUGCUGAUGAUGCUCCGGUGUUUCAAAAGCAGGAUGGCGAACGGUUUGACAACAGCAUCACUGUCAAACUGAACGCGAACACAAAGUACAGCGUCUUCCUCACUACCCGACCUGCAAAGGCGAUCCA